CCCCAGCCUCGCCCCCCCUCCUUCGCCUCUCCCUCCCCCUCUCCCAGGCCUUAUCUCCUGCAAUUUGCCAGGGCUGCCUAGGAUGUAAGGGCUGAGUCGGGGAUGGACAGCGGGCGCUGCGUCCCAGGGCUCCUGCGCAUGGCUUGGGAUCUUCUGCCUCUGCUCAUAUAGAUGCUGCUGCUUCUUCAUCCUCACCACGAUGAACGUUGCGCUUCAGAACCUGAGCAACAGCAUGUCUGAUUACAAACGUGCCACAUUUCAUGAUGAGGAUGUUCCAGAAUCCACAGGAGAGGGAGCUACAUCCCCUGACACUGUAGAGGUGGGCUUCCGGAAGGGAAGGGGACAUGUCCUCUGUGCCUUGAAUGGAAGGUCCCAGCCAGAGGUUCUGCUUGGGGCACUAAGUGCAGUUCUUGGGGUUUUGCUUCUGGGAAGUCUAAUUGCUCUUGGGGUGCAACAGAUGACAGAUAGGUCUCGCUCACUGUGUCUCUCUGAGGCCUGUGUCUCUGUGGCUGGCCGCAUUUUGGAUUCUCUAGACAGAGGGAUAGAUCCAUGUCAGGAUUUCUACCAGUAUUCAUGUGGAGGUUGGAUGAGGAGGAACCCUCUGCCUGAUGGGCGGUCACGAUGGAACACAUUUAACAGCAUCUGGGACCAAAACCAGGCAGUGCUGAAACACAUACUAGAGAAUGCAACAUUUAAUUCCAGCUGUGAGGCUGAGAUGAAGACACAGCGCUUCUAUCUUUCCUGUCUGAGAGAACAGAAAAUUGAAGAACUGCGAGAGAAGCCUCUUACAGACCUCAUUGAGAAGAUUGGUGGAUGGAAUAUUUCUGGCAACUGGCGAGGUGAAAACUUUAUGAGUGUUUUGAAGACUGUCUCAGGAACAUAUCGGGCAACCCCCUUCUUCAGUGUUUUCGUUAGUGCAGACUCUAAGAGCUCCAACAGCAACAUAAUCCAGGUGGAUCAGUCUGGGCUGUUUCUCCCUUCCAGAGAUUACUAUCUGAACAAAACAGCUAAUGGGAAGGUCCUGGAUGGCUAUCUGCAGUAUAUGGUGAGUGUGGGAGAACUCCUUGGGGGAAGCCCAGGGUCUGUAGAACUGCAGAUGACACAGAUUCUGGAUUUCGAGACCAUGCUAGCAAAUCUUACAGUUCCACAAGAUGAAAGGAGAGAUGAAGAGAAAAUUUAUAAUCGUAUGACAAUCAAUGAGCUGCAGAGUCUGGCACCUGCUUUUGAUUGGAUGGAUUAUUUGACUUUUGCUCUCUCUCCACUGGAAUUGAAUGACACAGAACCAGUGGUUGUAUAUGGGAAAGAGUAUCUCCAGCAAGUGUCUGAACUUGUGAACAACACUGACCCUAUGAUUAUGAAUAAUUACUUGGUUUGGAACUUGGUGCAAAAGAUGUCAUCCAGUCUCGAUUCUCGAUUUGAGAAAGCUCAGGACAAGCUCCUCGAAUCACUUUAUGGAGCAAAAAAGUCUUGUACUCCCCGCUGGCAGACCUGUUUGUCUAACUCCGAUGACACACUUGGAUUUGCUCUAGGAUCUCUGUUUGUUAAGUCCACUUUUGACAAGAACAGCAAAAAUAUUGCAGAGCAAAUGAUCUCAGAGAUCCGGGGCGCCUUUGAGUUAACUUUGGGUGGCCUGACAUGGAUGGAUGAGAAGACAAGGAGGGCUGCAAAGGAGAAGGCAGAUGCCAUAUAUGAUAUGAUUGGAUUUCCGGACUUUAUUCUGGACACUAAAGAACUAGAUGACGUGUAUGAUGGGUUUGAGGUAUCAGAGGACACAUUCUUCCAGAACAUGCUAAAUUUUUACAACUUCUCAGCCAAGCUGAUGGCAGAGCAGCUAAGGAAACCUCCAAAUCGGGAGCAAUGGAGUAUGACACCUCAGACAGUAAAUGCCUAUUAUCUGCCCAACAAGAAUGAAAUUGUAUUUCCAGCAGGAAUACUUCAAGCUCCAUUCUAUGCUCCAACCCACCCAAAGGCUCUAAAUUUUGGUGGCAUUGGUGUUGUGAUGGGACAUGAACUAACCCAUGCCUUUGAUGAUCAGGGUCGUGAAUAUGACGAGGAUGGAAAUUUGCGUCCUUGGUGGCAAAAUUCAUCCUUGGAGGCGUUUAAGAAUCGUACAGAGUGCAUGGUUAAUCAAUACAACUCCUACACUGUAAAUGGAGAACGUGUGAAUGGAAGGCAAACUCUUGGGGAAAAUAUUGCAGACAACGGAGGUCUGAAGGCAGCCUAUCAUGCCUACAAAUCUUGGCUGGUUAAGAAUGGUGAAGAAAAACAGUUGCCAGGAGUUGGACUUACCAACCACCAGCUCUUCUUUGUGGGAUUUGCACAGGUAUGGUGCUCUGUGCGGACCCCGGAGAGCUCCCAUGAAGGGCUGGUUACAGAUCCCCACAGCCCAGCUAAAUUCAGGGUCAUUGGGACUCUGUCAAACUCCAAGGACUUUGCAGAACAUUUUAGCUGUCCCAAAGGCACUCCCAUGAAUCCUGGAAAAUACUGUGAUGUGUGGUAAAAAGGCAAUGUUUGCAUGAUCAUGUGGGAUUGUAUGGUGCAUGAAUGUACAGUAUGUGAAUAAAUGCAUUUUCUGAAUGUCAUGAAUGUUGCACUAUUUGAAUUAGAAGAGGCAGACCAAACGUUUCACUUUGUGCUAUUAUCAGAACCUUUGCAGGGCAUGUCAGGUAUUAAAGUAUCAGCAAUCGAUGGUUAGAUGUAAGCAAGCAACGGUUCUUACAAAAUAUGAAGUAUAUACAGUACAUGCCAACGUUUCUGCUUCGAUGGUACUGUGUAGGUUCUGGAUAUUGUAUGCCAUGAUUAAUACACAAUCUUGCCAGUGCAGAAUCAUUACUACAUGCUGUGGCCUGCAUUAAAAAACAUGAAUGAAUGAAACUAAUUUUAGCAUAAAAUACUAUAUUCAGAUUAGUUAAAGAAGACUGGAGUAGGGAACUAUCACUUAUGUUCUCUGUGACUUACUAAACUGUUAACUAGGAAAAAAUAGAGGAAAAAUAUAGCAUUCUCUUUAUGAUAAUAUGGCUGCCACGGCUCUGUGGCUUGCAAACCAAUUA